AUGGAUGAAUCUUAUUUUCCUGGAAAGUCGAAGCGCAAGUCUUCCGGUGUUUGUUAUUCACACUACUUGCGUGUUGAUAUCUUUUAUGUUGUAAUUGAUGUGCUACUUCAAGAGCUUAAUGACCGUUUUGAUGCAGUGAGUAGCGAUUUGCUUCUCGGGAUGGCUAGCUUGAAUCCAGCCAAUUCUUUUGCUAAUUUUGAUAAAGGUAGAAUAAUGAUUUUAGCAAAAUGUUACCCAAAUGAGUUUGAUGAGGUUCAGAUUCGAGACUUGAGUUAUCAACUUGAUACUUUUAUAGUUCAUAUGCGAGCUGGUAAUCCCAAGUUCUCCAACUUACAAGGAAUUAGUGAUUUGGCAAAAGCAUUGGUUGAGGCAAAUCUUGUGGAGACUUAUUCGUAUGUUUAUUUACUUGUGAAGUUGACUCUGAUUUUACCUGUUGCUACCGCAACUGUGGAGAGAGCAUUCUUAUCCAUGAAGCAGAUAAAGAAUAAAGAACGGAAUAGCAUGGGUGACCAAUAUUUAAAUGAUUAUUUAGUUUGUUACAUAGAGCAUGAUGUAUUCACAAAUGUAAGUAAUGAUGUCAUUAUGGAUUGUUUUUAA